CUGAUCAAUCGAUCGACCGCGAUUUGAACACAACCACCACCACCGACAACAAUCUGGUCAGUAUACAUCCUCCUCGUUCAUGAUGGCAGCCUUAGAAGUGCCGGCUGUGCUACCCCGAGCGAGGAAGUCUCUCUCGGCCCUGAACGACCCUUCCAACAUGCACCUCGUCCAACCCUCCUUGGUCCGUUCAGAAUCGGACGACGUGACCGCUAGAGGUCUUGCUACCAAACCAAUCAACAAGAGCAAGGAAGCUAUCAAACGAAGAGCUAUGAGUAUAGGAGGCAAUGCUAUCGCUGCUGGGGUUACGGAUCCUGCUCUCAAGGCGCUUAGCCCGAGAAGCUUUAGGAGGGUUGCUAAACCUCGAAAAUCCAUCUUGAAGACAACUUCAGCCCACUCUCCCCGUCGAUCACCCAACUCUCCUUCAAACUCUCAGCGACGAAAUCUCCCUCGGACCAACGCCACGCUACAGACCACUCCUUCCAAACGCCUUCCUGGUGUAACAUCGGCAGCCAUGACGUCUUCACCGUUGGCAGGAGGGGCGGAUCGAUACGCUCAUACCAUUGACUUUUCCGGCUCUCGACCGAACAUGCUGUUCAGCAACACGAACUCCGCGGGUGGACAGGACAACGAUGACGACGACGAUUUCGAAGAUAUCCCUUCUCAGAACAACGAUCUAACACUACCAGCUUCUCUUCAUCCCCGAUCACGGAUGAGCUUCGCCGGAACGAAUACUUCCACAGCACCAGGCAGUACGGCGGGGAUGACGGACAAAGAAAAGGCCAAAGCCGCCCGACGUGCCUUUUUGGCGAGCAGGAAGAGCGUAUCCUUUGCGCCGCACGCUCAUGUCAGGAUGUUCGACACCGUCGUUUCGGCCACACCUGUGAACAACUCGACCAUGCUCAGCGCUGCUGCAGCCGCUGCUGCUGCUGCGAGUACACAGGCUCAAGGGGACUCGGCCAACAAGGGGUUCGAUUUCGGGAAACUCGGCGGACAACAGGACGGGGAAGAACCUACUCAGAGUAAACGAGGUUCCAGCAGGAGACACGGCCGACAGAGUUCCAUCACGUCCAUUGGAGAGUUGCCCGCGCUUGUUCAGCCGAAAGCGAUUCCCUUUGAGGACACUCCGGCGCAGCAAGGUCAACCUGAGCGACAGAGCGGGAGAGGCUCGAAGCGAAGGUCUGUGAUGGAGGUUGGAGACGAGAGUGCGAUGUCCAUGGAUAUCGAGACCGACUCGGAGAGCGAUGAAGAGGCGCAGAAGGAGGUCGACGGAGACGAGUCGGAGGACGAGGAGGAGGAGGACAUGGAUAUUGAGGGGCAGACGAUGGACUUCACUUCGACUUCGGCCGUCGCCUUUGAUGAGCCCACAACGAUGUCCAUCUUUUCAACGACGUCCGCCGCACCUGCUCCGCUCGAGAUGCCUCGAUUCAGCGUCAGGCGAGACUUGGCUCAAGGGUCUCGACAGGGCGCUUACUCGGCGUUCAGCUCGGAUCUCGCACUCGAUGGUCAGGCUCAACGAGAAGACGCUGCCGGAGACAAUGACCAUACGGGUGCUUCUUCGAUCUUUACCUCGAACAUCGUCCCUGCUUCGCCGGCCAAGAAGAUGCGAGGGAGACUGAGCAUCGGGGAUGAUGUCACGGUGGAUAUGGACAUUACCGAGAUUGUCGCCGGUAUGGGUACGUUGAGGCCGACUGGAUCUCCCGCUAGCACCGUCUCUGCGCGAUCGGAUGACGAAGAGGAGGAUUCGGAAGAUGAUGACGAAGACGAUGAUGAGGACGAGGAACCUCAAAAUGGAGGGAAGAAUGGGCCGGAAGAAAGGACGAUGGACUUUACAGUAGCCGUAGGGGGGAUCAUCCCUGGUUUGCCACCCGUCAACGCUUGGAGAAGUGCGGUCAGCAUCGGAUAUACCACGGAAUUGCCGGAUGGGUACGACCCCGCUGCAGGUCAUACGAUGGGGAGCAUCUUUAGUUCGACCUCUUCUUCCCCUCUCCGCGUGACCCCGGGACUGAACAACCCGUUCGGAACCGCAUCGACCGCUUCCGAGGACGGGAGGGUCUUCACCCUGCCUGUCAUGGCUUCCAACGGGGAUGAUAGUCUCGAGAUGGACGAGACGAUCGCAGUCGGUGGGAUCCUCACUCGGGAGGAUCAGACGAUCAGCAGCGUGGACGACGACGAGUUGCCGCCCCGUGAGCCGACCUUGUCGUUCAAGCGAAACGAGGAUUCGACGGGAUUUAGCGUGUUUGGAUUUGGUGGCACUAAUAACGCCGAUGAGGAGGAGGGCAUGGACUUCACGAUCGCUCAGGGUGGGAUCCUGAGCCAGCAGCACGAGGCUAUCUCAGAACCAACUUCAAACGUCUUUUCGCUCGGAGUCGGCUCGUCCAAUGCUUCUCGCGCAGCAUCACCUCCUGCUGGUUCUAGCUCCGGACGAGCGCUCGCAACAGCAGAACCGGACGCUUCAGUCCUCGCUGCCAGGCAAGACCCAUUUGGUGCUUCACCUAGCCCACCGAGAAUGGCUGGCUCAUCAACCGAGAACGAUCCCGUUGGCCGGAACGUCGAAGUCGCUAAGGAAGUCGCUAAGAAGCUGGUCUUCACGCCGACCAAGUCUGUCACUCCUCGCAAGGUCUCUCCUGCCAAACGAUCGUUCGAAGCCGAUCUGCAACAAGGAGAUGCUACCAAAUCGAGGCGGACUGAUGCGGCUGCCGACAAGGAGAACGUGCCCGCUGGAAGCGCUUCUUCGUCGACAUCGCCUGUCAAGUCGAGUGUCAGAGCCUCUGGACCUCGGACACCGAACAAGCGGUUGAGCGUGUUUGGCGCUCCUGAAAAGAGUCCUCACAAACACCUCGCGCCACGAUCGCCCGCUCGAGCGAUGAUGAACUCUCCUACCAAAGUCAAUCGGCCUACGACCCCUUCGCGAUUGUCGCAAACCGAGACGGUGGAACAACCCGCAUGGGCUCAGGACGAGUACUCGAACAUAGCGCUCGCCGACUUUUUGGAAAUGGCCGGGAUCCAAUUCAUGACGUCGAUGCCGACCGCUACGAGGAGGAAGAGCGUGCUCAACGGAGGCAUGCCAGCCGAGUAUAUGCAAAGAAUGAUGGCCGGCGAGGCUGGCGAUUAUCCUCUGCACGAGUACGCAGCCGGCAUGAACGCCUGGUUCUACUACAAGAUGUACCACUGGGCUUGCCAGCAGAUGGAGCAAGAUAUUGAGAAGAGUCAAGCUACUUUGGACUAUCAGUUCCGGGACGCUUCGGUGGAUAAUCCAGUCGUCGUUCGAGAAUACCUGGCUGCAGACGAGGAAGAGAAGGGUUUGUUUGAGGCAAUGCUUCAGUCUCUGAAAACGAAUGCUCGGCUGCUCGCCAAGGAGAAGUGGUACGACUGGCGACUACAGUUGACUAUCGGCGUACAGAAGCAGAUCGAAGCGAUGAACCUUAGCCUUAAAGAGGACAAGGAGCGUAUCGACGCCAUUCGCCGAGACGCGCAGGAUUCCCUGCCUCACCUGAGGGAGCGACGGAUGGCACUCGAAAAGGCAUUGGCGCUGGAAAAGAUGUCGAUCGAUGCCGUCACCGAAUGCGACCAGGUUGAACUGAAGGAUCUGAGAACGGCUAUAGGCGAACAAGGCGCUCAAAUUGCCGCCUUUACGGCUGAACUCGACGAACAGACUGAGAAGCUAGAACAGCUCAGGAAAGGGGUAGAGGAACAUCAAACUCAAAAGCACGAGAUCAGUCUCGCACUCGCGGCUGCCCGGCGGGAAUGCGAACAACGAAAGGGUUUCACCAAGAGCGAAGCGUUUGGUUUCGAGCAGGAGUUUAAGGCGCUGCAGAACUUCAACUCGUGGCGAUUGGACAAGCUGACUAGUACCGGCAUCGAACUUGUUUACGACGAGGAGAUCCGCCUCACGGCUUCAUGUUCCGACUCGCAACCCUCUUCCGGAUCCGCUUCGAUCGUUUUGUUAUCGAAGGCGGAUCAGGACGUGUCGGCCACUCAGGGUCUUUUCGACCUGAUGAAGCCUAUAGUGGACAAAGCAAAGACGACGUCGACAUUCCAAGGGCUGGUACAACUCACCGCUCGCCUAUGGACCGCCGCUCAACGGCUGAGGGCUGAAUUCCGGUUGAUGGGUCUCCAGUACCCUACCAAGUACUCUUAUCUCGAAGCGUCCAAGACCUUUGAAUGCCGUUCAACGGUUCUUCUUACGGGGUCAAGAUCGAAGAUCCAAGUGGCCUUUUCGGUUGACGAGGACAUGCUGGCUACCUGGCCGGAGUCUGUCUCACAAAUCGGUGUUGCUGUGACCAAAGUCUACGGACCGGUAGAUACCGACGUGUUGAACAAAGAGAUCAAGGAGGACAUCCGAGGAGCUACCGCAGCUGCUCAUUUACUUGCAUUCUCUAGUUGUUGUGCCAAUCUCGAGCGUUAUUAGUUUACGAAACUCUUCGAUUUUUUCACCCUUUUCCAUUGGAUGUUGUACUUGUAUCGGUUGUGAUAUUAGCGGAAAACAGGCCACAGAUAUAAUAGCGUUGAGAGUA